AACAAAUCUUUGAACGGUAAAUACACAAAUAGCGAAAUAGCUUUUAAAUUAUAAUUGAUAAUUUCACUAAAGAUAGUUAGUGUAAAAUAUUAUUCUUUGAAAAAAAAGAAGAUUGCUACUGUAAAGAAAUGUUUUAAAUUAGUUGACAGUAUUUGAUUAAUAUAAGAAAAAAAAGGAAUUUUUAGCCAAAAAUGAGUGAUUCACCAGCAGCAAUUUUGUACACAUUAAUGCAAAAAAAGAAAAGUUUUCCUAGUUAUGAAUUGAUUAUUGAUGGAACAUUGACUCGUUGCAUACCUCGCAUUUUCACGUAUCAAGUUACUUGUGAUGGACUCGUUAAAACUGGAUCAGGUUCUUCAAAAAAAGAAGCUAAACAUAAUGCUGCUAAAGCAAUUUUGGAAGAAAUUUCAUCACAGGCUGAUUCUACUUUCAAAUUAUCAGAUAAAUCUACUGAUUCUUAUAAUAAAGAAUUUCAAUCAUCGUUCAAAAUUAUGAAAAAUAUUCAGCCUGAUGCUAUUCUUCAAUUUCCAAUUGAUGAGUUUCCUAAAAAAAAAAUAACUCCAAUGGAAGACUCAAUUUAUCCAAAAUUGACUUCAGACUCCUCAUCUCUUAAUGUACCCAAAGCUUUAGAGAAUGUUUGUAUUCGUAAUAAUUUUACUAUUCCUAAAUACAAUAUUAAGAAAUUUUCUAAUGUUUUUCAAGUUGAAUGCAUUGUAUCAUCAUUUAAAGAAACAGCUACAGAAGAAACUUUAGUCAAGGCAAUGAUUGAAGCUGCGAGAAAAACUUGGGCUAAAUUACAAAUCGAAUGUCAAAAAGAGCAACGUAUUAAACAAGAAGAAGAAAAUUUUAAUAGAAUAAUACAUUCUGCAGAAUGUGUAUUACAAUCGUUUUCAGGGAAAAAUCAAAUCAAAAAAGAGAAGAAAAAAAGUAGAAGAAGAAAUUCAGAAUUUACGGAUUGGUGCGAAAAUUCAUCUAAAAAAUCAAAAUUGUUGGAAAUAAAAAAAGAGGAUACAAAUUUAACUCAAGUUAUUUUCGAUGAGCCUAUCAAUGUGCCAUUAUUUAAUUCAAUUGAAAUAUUAAAUCAAAUGUGUAACGAUAUUAAUUUACAAAAACCGGAUUACAAAGAAACAAUUGCCGAUUCAAUUGUUACUGUUACAUGCACUAUUUCCACAUUUAAAACAUCUGCAAAUGCCAAAACAAAAAAUGAAGCAAAAUAUGAGGUAGCAAGAAAAAUGAUAGAAAAAAUUCAAAAUGCUGUUCAAAAAUUACAAAAUUCUGAGGAAUUUGAUUUACAAUGUGAGGAUGUGAAAUUUUUCGUAAAUGGUACAGUGAUGGGAAUGUUAGAAACAAUUUCUCAUCAAAAUCACUCUUCAUUGUCAUCACCAAAAAAAUCUAUUAAAAUCGAAAACGAUGAUUAUUGUGUGUCAAAGAAAAAAAUUAAAUCAAAAAAUUCAAUUAAAAUGCUUAAGGAAUUGUGUAAAAAUAAUAAUUUCAAGAAACCACAUUUUGAAAUUGUAGAGGACAAUCUUUUUUACUCUGAUAAUUAUAAAGUUGCAUGUAUCGUCUCUUCGUUUAAAGAAGAAAGUGAAGGAACGUGUAUUGAAGAGGCAAAAAUUAAAUCAGCUCAGAAAAUGUUGGAGAAAUUUACAAAAUUACAAAAUUCAUAUUUAAAACAAUUAAUAUGUUCUGUGAAAAAACUCGAUUACAAAAAUCCAUUACGUUGGAAAUCAAAAGUCUACAAUGAAGAUAUCUAACUUUUUAAAAUUGAAUUUAAAUUAUUUUUAUUUAAAUUAAAUUUAUGUUAAAAAAUUUACAAAUAAAAAUUUUUGAAAAGAAGUAACGAAAAUUUGUUUAGAAUUUCUUUUCAAAAUUUUUAAAUAAUAAAAUUUUCGCGGGAAUAAUUGUGUCAGGUUUUGGAAAAUGGCAACACUGCACUGAUACUUCACGGUAGUGGAGUAGUAAACCACGUGCUUAUAAACUUUAAAAACUAUUUUCAUAAACUAUUGUUUGAUAAUCUCCAAAAUCAAUUUAUUUAAUAAAAAAUCUAAAACA